AUAAAACAAAUAAUCAGUUAAUACUGUUUUGGCGUCGACUUUCCCAGGAGAGGGGAAAGAAAUUGACGAAGACGAACCUUAAUUCGAGUCUUUGCAAUCACCGGAUCGAGAUCCUAAUAAUUUUACGUCAAUAACCCGAUUCUCCGUUUCUCAAAGCUCUCGAUUUUUUUGUCGCGAUGAAUUGAGUCGUAAAAACUAAGAGAUGUUUUGCAGAAACGUCUCGGUGAGGCGGAAGAAGAAAGCUGGUUCGGUCCCUGUUCGUCUCAAUGUUUACGAUUUAACACCAAUGAAUGUUUACGGCUAUUGGCUCGGAAUCGGGAUCUAUCACUCUGGUCUUGAAGUUCAUGGGGUUGAAUAUGGAUACGGGGCACACGAGCAACCAAGCAGUGGAAUUUUCGAAGUGGAGCCAAAGAAGUGUCCUGGUUUCACCUUCAGGAAAUCGAUUCUGGUGGGCGAAACAGAGAUGAGGGCGAAAGAAGUUCGAAGCUUUAUGGAGAAACUAUCAGAAGAGUAUCAGGGAAACAAAUACCACCUCAUCACAAGGAACUGCAACCACUUUUGCAACCAUGUUUGUUUAAAACUAACUCAGAACGCAAUCCCUAGUUGGGUCAAUCGGCUUGCUCGCUUAGGUUUCCUCUGCAACUGUGUUUUACCGGCUAGCUUGAACGAGACUAAAGUGAAGCGGGUAGGAAAAGACGGGAAGCUCUUGGAAGGAGAAGAUAAGAAGAGGAAGAAAAAGAAGAAGAAGAAGGCGAGAAGCCGGUCAGGUCCUUUAGCUUCAUCUUCGUAUUCUUCUAACUCAAGAUUAGAUGAUAAUAUUCCUUCACAUAUCAGAUCAAGAUCAACGGGUGAUCCUCCUCCUUCUUCUUCUUCUUCUUCUUUUUGUUCUCUGACAAAACAACGAACGGGUGAUCCUCUUCAUUCUUCUUCUUCUUCUUUUUGUUCUCUGACAAAACAAAGACAUCAAGUUCCUCCUGUUCCAUCUGGAACUCAAGUUCAUAAAACUCCAACCAUAAGCGUUCAGACAUGAUUCUAUUUGAAUAUUUGAACAGCUAAUUAUAGUUGUAUAUGAUUGUGAGGGUGUUUUUGCCUUGUGCUUUAUUACAAGUUACAAUUUAUCCUCUGUUUUUAGUCCUUUUGGGUUUACUUUGUAUAAUGUGCUUAUAGGUGAAUCAUGAAGUCCUUUUGGGUUUACUUUGUAUAAUGUGCUUAUAGGUGAAUCAUGAAGUGUGAAUUCUACAUU